UAAUUAAUUAAGAAGAUUUAUUAUACACUAUGAUUGGAUUUAUUUAGUGCAAAUAAGCACAUAAUUUUUAGCGUAGUUAGAAGUGAAAUAAAAAAUGGAAGAAAAGAGUUUUAUUUGGACUGCAGAUAUAACGCAACGAUUUUUUGAACUACGUUUUGAAAAUGAGUGGCUCUUUAAACAGAAGAAGCAGCCUUGGAUGGAAUUCCGCAAGAUUCUUCUUGAAGAUGGAUUUCCAAAGGAAAUGACCAUGAACCACAUAAGAAAGAAAUGGUCCUAUACUUAUGAUGCAUACAGAUUAGCUAAAAAAACUAAAAAUAAAGAUUGGAAAUACUAUAGAAUGUUUGAUAAACAUUUUGGAAAAAAAGUUUUAGAUAAAUAUGAAUCAUGGAAUGACGACUGGAGAUUAAAAUUAAUAAUAUGCAUAUCUGAAGCGAAAGAAGUAAAACUCGACUUUCAUAAUAUGUGGAGGACUGUGGAACAAGCAUUGAGAUUUCAAGAAUUACCGAUAGACUGUUGUAUUCAAGAUCUGAAAGGACUGUGGCAUCACAUUAAAGUUACUUUUAAUAGAAAACAUCGUCUUAUACUUAAGAAGAGUUUGGAUCCGGAAGACUGGCCGCUAUACCCCACGGUGCUGGAAUACUACCAGAAGUUCGAGCCGGAAUACCUUGCCAGGUUGGAGAACAUGCCUGCCGCAAGCCUGGCCAGUAUCGAGCUGAGGAAGAAACACGUACCUAAAGGCACUUACAAACAGGACAUAGAAGCUGAGGACUUUCAGUGGUCCAAAGACAUAACCGAAUCUUUCAUACAGAUAAGACUGCAAAACGAUUGGCUAUUUAGAGACAGGAAAUGGGCAUGGAAUAAUCUUCGGGCUAUAAUGAUAGAGGAGUAUGGUUUCCCCCAAACGCUGAGCUCGCGGGAGCUGUCUAGAAAAUGGGCAGCUACUUACGGCGAUUACCAAAAAGCCAAGGCGACCAACAACAAGUCGUGGGUGUACUACAACCUACUGGAGUUGUAUCUCGGAGAGGGGAGCUUGAGUCUCAAUCCGAUGGUGGGAUGGCAAGAGGAGUGGGUACAAAAUUUGAUAAGCGCGAGAACAGAUUUGGAGCAUUUGUUUAAGUUUUCCGAAAAAAAUAUACAACAGGCGUGGCGUGAGGUAGAAAAAAGAUUGCGCACAGUUGGUAUUCCUGUAGACCACAGUUUGUUGGACAUUGAAGAUGUUUGGAUACAUUUACUGAGGACUUACAAGUGGAAGCGGAAAUUCGCCGAGAAGGGAAUAUUGAACGAGCAAUGGCCGUACUUCGAAGCGAUGGCCAAAUACAUGGAGACACACGAGUUGCGCCAAAUCAAGCAACAAAAGCACGAGGACUACGACGACGGAGCGGUCGACGAUGAUGUGGAGGACGAUAUGAAACUCUUCGACCUGAAACAGAGGCUGUCGCUCGUGAAGCCGAAGUUUGAGGUCAUGGACGCGAACGUGUGCCGGUGUUGUUCCAGCGAGGACGCCUGCGUUGGCAUUUACGAUCAGAAGGACGAAAGCGGCGCCGAUUUGAUGCAUAAGCUGAAGGCAGUUUGUGGUGUUGAGGUUGAUCCCUCCGAUACACUGCCCUCACAAAUUUGCCUUAACUGCCUUAAAGAAUUAGAAAACGCGUACAAAUUCAGACGGAAAUGUCUAGAAACGGACAAAGUUUUCAGGGACCAAGCUAACAAAGUCAAAGAGGAGACAAACCAAAACUACCAUCCAAACGAUAGCAAUGUCACAGAUAACGGACAGGAAUGUAUAGAGUUCGAAAUAGACACUCACUUCGACGACCAACCCGAUGAAGUACUGACAACGGGUAUACUAACUGAGUCGGUGAAAAUCCAAAAGCCUACAAUCAAAAGGGAAAGGAAAAUUUCUAAAAAGAACAAAGUUCGCAAAGCUAGAUACGAUUAUUGGAAGAUUUGCGAGAUAUGCGGCAAAAACACCAGGAACCUUAUCAGCCAUUUGGAAUCGCACUCCAGCGAUAGGAUAUAUUCCUGCGAAGUGUGCGGCAAGAAGUUCAAGUUCAAAAGCGGGUUGAUCAUCCACAAAGCCGCUCACGCAACCACCCCGAAGAAGACUUGCGAGGUUUGCGGGAAGAACUUCUAUAUAAUGGCGCAGUAUCGGAAGCAUUUCGCCUUCCACGCGAACGAGAGGAAAUUCGGAUGCGAGACCUGCGGCAAAAGGUUCAAUUCUAUGGACAUACUCAAAGUGCAUACGAGAUCUCAUACGGACGAGCGGCCUUUCAGCUGUUCGGAAUGCGGCAAAACGUUCCGAACGUCCGGCUGCGUUUCGAGACACAGGCGAAUCGUUCAUAGGAAUAUAAAAGUUAAAAAAGUCGAACAGAAAUUAUAGUAUUUUGUUAGACUAUGGUGGGUGGUCGGAGCCGUGCUGCUCGUGUCAACAAACACACAAGCGAGGAAUGUCACACACGAAGAUAUUCGCGACGCGAUGAUGUCUCUAGUCCACAUGUUCAGAAUAUCGGAGGACAAGUUGGAACGCCACGAAUACAGGGAAAAGGCCCUCGGAGAGCAACUGAAGAAGAUGAUAUUAGGUUUAGAAAAGAAGCAUAGGAAUUUAGAGUCCUUGAAAGGCACGAUAUCGAGGCUAGACGACAGACUUUAUAAUGUUGAGAAUAUAUUCUUACAGAAGGAAGAAAGAGAAAAAGAAACACAAAAGAAGACAAACGAAGCACUAGACGAAAUAAAGAAGUCAAUACAGUCGUUAACGACUCUAGUAACAACUAACCUAAAACCUACCACUGAGUUAGACAAUAGUUUGAAGCCCAACGAAAACCUGUUAAACAAUCGACUAGAUGCCACUGACGCUAAAUUGGACGCUAUAAAGAUGGAAGUGGAAGCCUUAAAGAAUAGCUUAAGCAAAGAUGCAUUAAGAAACAUGUGCCUAGACGUUGCAAUAGAGAUGAAUCCAUUCGAGAGGCAUAUAUCCGAAGCAGAGAAACUCCUGAACAAGUACGACAUGAAACUUAACGAGCUCAAUGGGAAUGCUAGUAAAGUGCAGACCGACUUUGUGCCGCUCAGCGAAGUUGCGCUAGCUGAUGAGGCGUGGCAUAGCAAAAUGACUGAAGUAAUGGAGCGUCAAGAGAAGAGCAUUAGCAAGAUCCAACAGCUCUUGUCAGAUGCGGAGAGCAUGUGGAAGGACCUUCCUCGUACGGCGGACUUACAACGCAACGCAAACUACACGCUAGAAGGAAUUCGUGACUUGCAAUACAACCUCACUGGCAACCAGGACAAGGCCGUCACUAAAAUUAACCUGAAGUUACGUGAAAUGGGCGACCGACUAGUGGCGACCAAUGAGGACAUCCAACAGUCCCUCACGCAGGGCAACACGAUGAGCGAGCGGGCCUACAACGACAUCCAAACCAGCUACGACAGUCUACGAAAAGAGGUACAAGCGUUCUCCAAAAACGAGCACGUGAUGUUACAAACAGCGGACAACGUGUUGGCCACGAAGAAACGCCUCGAAUACGGUGUCCAGCAAAUAUCACUUAUUAUGAUCCAGGGCAGGCAACUGAACAAGACUAUUAAUGAGAGGUUGAACGGCCUAGAGUCAGAGAUAAUCACGAACCAGACGUUUGCAUUGAACAACCUCACCGCUAAGAUCGACUCGCAGAUGUCGCAGGUGUGGCGGCAGAUCGGCAUCGUAUACCAACAGCUGACUGCCAGCCGCACCGCGCUUGAUGGCCUCACUGAACAAACGGCGCGAUAUGUUAAUGGAAGCACCACCACACUGGACAACAUGAAAAAGAAAGUGGAGACUAUAACGGACCGCAUGGUGGAGGUUGACAGCAAUUUGAACUAUUUGCUCGGAAGACUGUCCUUAGUCACUCAGGAGUUCGGUCAGAUCAAAACUGGACUUGGCGAAGCGCUGGAGAAGGCUAAGUCCAGCUUCCAUGAAGUUCAAGCCAAAUUAGAAGAUAGCGGACCGGGGCCCCACGUUGCAGCUGCCAUUUAGAAGUUGCACUAUAGUUAUACUGUACCAAAUAAUCUAGAUAAUACCUAACUAUAAGUUUAAUAUGGUAUGGAUGAAUAAAACACAGAUUUAAUAUA